GGGAACUCUUCCUUCGACUACCCAAACAACAUCAAAAUGGGUCGCCUCCACAGCAAAGGAAAGGGUAUCUCCGCCUCCGCGAUCCCUUAUUCGCGCAACCCUCCCUCAUGGCUGAAGACGACCCCCGAGCAGGUCGUUGACCAGAUAUGCAAACUGGCAAAGAAGGGCGCUACUCCCUCUCAAAUUGGUGUUAUCCUAAGAGACAGCCAUGGAAUUGCACAGGUUAAGGUUGUUACUGGUAAUAAGAUCCUCCGGAUCCUGAAGUCGAACGGCCUCGCUCCUGAAAUCCCUGAGGACCUCUACAUGUUGAUCAAGAAGGCCGUCGCUGUCCGCAAGCAUCUUGAGCGCAACCGCAAGGACAAGGACAGCAAAUUCCGUCUCAUUCUCAUCGAGUCGCGUAUCCACCGCCUGUCCCGCUACUACAAGUCUGUUGGUGUCCUCGCGCCCACCUGGAAAUACGAGAGUGCCACUGCCAACACUCUGGUCGCAUAAGCGAAAAGACAAAAGAAAAAAGAUAUGAAAAAUCUUUGGUCGUGAUAUUCGGGUGACAAGUUUCAGGUUCAGAGGAAUUAAUAGCUGGGUAGAAUUUGUUAGGCGGCGGAAUGGUUUUGUUUGGCUAUGUUAAGUAGCUAUGAGAAACAUUUAGAUGAAGCGACGUUCUCGGCGUUAAACGUAUAGGAGCCUCAAUACUCCCGGAUGUUUUCUUUUUACAUUCAUGCCUUGUAUGAUAUUGUAUGAGGAUGUAUCUACCUCCCACAUACAUUAUUCGCCUUUCACAAGCAGACUCGAAAUUCAUAUUGAUACAAGUAUUUUC